AUGGCUAGCAAUAUAAAAUUAUCAACAGUUCAGGCUGAAGACAGCAAUACAACAGCUGAUGAUACUGCCGAUAUUGAAGAAUCAAUGGAUAAGAAAACGAAGAGAAAUGAUCUUCAAGGUUUUGUUAAAAUUUUUGUACGAGGUCGUUUAUUUGAAAUGGCGAAAACAACAGUAAUGCGUUCAGAAUUUUUGUGGCGAUUAAUCAACGAUAAACCAAAUUCAGAAGAUGGAUUUUACCAUACUGAUCGUGAUCCAAAGAAAUUCGAAUGUUUAAUGAAUUAUUUAGUAGAAAAUCAUGUACCUGAUGUUUUACCAUGCAGUGUUCGAGAUUUCUAUAAUGAAGCAUUAUUCUAUUGCAUUGAUUUACCUGAGGACGAUUGGUGGGGAACAACAUUAUCGUACAAUUUGAAGUAUAUUAAUACGUAUGAUAUUCGUGGUCAAUUGAAAUCUUUUGCUGAAAAACAUGGUAUUUUUGGUUGGGUCGAGUGGAGACAACGUAUUUCACUUGAUAUUGAAUUUGAUUGUCAUCGAACAAUCGAUUUAUAUUUUGUUAAGGAAUAUAUGCUUGAUCAACAGUUAAAAGAAAUAUUUAUGAUAAAAUCAGAUAAUCAAAGGGAUCAAAGACAUCCACCUCCUGCUCUGUUUCGAUGUCCAAAAACAUGUAAACAAGAUAAAAGCUCGAAAUCUCCUCCACAAACUUCAUCAUCUACAUCUUCAAGUGAAUCGUGUCCAGAAUCGGCCAAAGAUUUAAUAAAACAAUUAACAAUUAAAGAUGUUAAAACAUGGAUCGAACAAACAAUGUUUCAUCAUUUAGCUGAAGAAUGGUUUAAAAGCAAUGUCAAUGGUAAAGAAUUGCUUGAGAUCAGCAAGACGGGAUGUUUGACAAAUGGUACAGUUAUGUUAUCUGUAUAUGACAAAGAAAAUUAUCGUGAAGAACAAAAACUUCCAUUUGAUUUAUUAUCUCAUUUUAAUAAAGAAGUUUCUAGAAAAUAUGAUUCACGUUAUGAUGAAUUUCCAUUAUUUGGUCUUAAAAGUGUUACAAAACGAAGUGCUUUUAUUAUUGAUAAACAAGAAAUAAUUAGAUAUGCUGAAUUACUUGCUAAUCCGAGAAAAAUUCCGAGUUUUGAUAAAAUUAAAUAA